AUGUUUUGGCAAAUUCAACGAGAUUUUAGCUCGUUGUUCACUCGUCGAAAUGAUAAAGACAAUCAUUUUCAUCCAAUUGAUGGAUUACGAUCAAUUUCUAAUCUGUUAAUAAUCUCAUUACAUUUAGUAGCAAUAUUUACAACAUUUAUUUCACCCUAUCCACAUAGUCAAUGGGUGAAAUAUCUUGAAAGUAAAGCAUUUGCUUUAUCAAAUUAUAUGUUAUUUUCAUUAGAAACAUUUUUUAUGUUAUCGGGAUUUUUAUUAACAUAUAAAUUAAUAACACAAUGGAAUAGAUAUUUUCCUUCAAUGGAAUUAUUUUUUCAAAGAGAAUAUCCAAUAUCAAUAUUAAAACGUGCAUUAAGAUUUUGGCCAGGAAUAUUAUUAGCAAGUUUAAUUUUAUUUGUAUUUGGUGAACCAUUUUAUCCAAAUUCAAGUUAUAUUUUUGAAUUCUUUCGAAAUUUAAAUAUUUGGAUGUUUUUUCAAAAUUAUAUUGACUUUGAAUAUUGGUAUUUUAGUUUAACACCAUUAUGGUCAAUUAGUAUUGAUAUGCAAGUUCAUAUUCUCUUACCAUUAUUUAUUUAUUUAUUUUAUUCAAUAAGAAAAUAUAUUUCAAUUUUUAAAUCAUUAUUUUUCUUAUUAAUAAUAUCAAUAAUUCGAGGUAUAAUUGUAUUUAAUCCUGAAACAAUGCCAAUCGGAUCUGUUGCAUAUAAUUAUCCAUCAUUACCACUUUUAUCUCCUCUUCAUCUUAAUCAUUGGUUACAAAAUAAUUAUAAUUUAACAUUUCAAUUACAAUAUAAAGAAACAAAUGCAAUGAAACUUUUUAUGCAACAAAUGUAUUUACCUUUAGAUGCUCGUAUUGGAAGUUUUAUUAUUGGAGCAAUGUUAGCAAUUAAAAUUAUUCAAAAUUCACUCAAUUCGAACAAUACAAAACCUAAAAGAUUUAAAAAAUAUUUUUUCUUUGGAUUAGUUUUUCUUCAUUUAUUAUCAUUAUUACAAUCAUCUGAUUUACCACCAUCACCACCUGAUUUUAUUUUAAGAUUUCUUGUUGGUACUGGUCGACAAUUAUUUACAUUAGGUCAAGCAUUUAUUUUAUUUUCAGCCUUAUGUCCACCAACACAUCCUUAUCAUUCUCGUUGGAUAAAAACAUUUCUUUCAUCUUCAAUAUGGAUUCCAAUAUCAAAAUUAAGUUAUUUAGUUUAUCUUAUUCAUUUACGUAUAUCACUUGAAUUAAUAUUUGGUGGUCCAUUAAGAUUUUUAAGAACAUAUUCAGUUACACAAGCUACUCUUAUUAGUUUACCGAUUGUUUUAAUCUUCAGUCAAAUUAUAUCAUCGAUUUGGUAUGUUUUAGCUGAAAAACCAAUUGAACGUGCGAUUAAAUAUUAUUCAAAGAAAUAUCAAUUAUCAAAAAUUGACAUGAAAUAA